AUGCAGGGCCAGAAAUGUAUGCUUAUUGUAUUCGGCAAAGCAGCCCAUCGCAUUCACAGCGGACUGCACACCGCCGUCGCGACGCUUCUCGCAGCCAUGACGUAUCCAAACGACCAGUCCGAAAGGUUGGCAUAUUACCCGGUAGUCAACGAUGGUUCCGUCCAGGUGUUCUUCCGUCGCGUCCGCAGCGGACUGCGCACUGCCGUCGCGGCGCUCCUGGCGUCCGUGCUCCUACUGACGGACGAGAUUGCGCGAAACCUGACGAUCGCCUUCUUUGCGAGCAUUACCGCGAUCAUAGUCUGCGACUCGAGCCUCGGGCGAACGCUGCGCAACUGCUCGAUGGUCUUUUUCGCGGUCGCCGUUUCAUCACUCUCGAGCAUCAUCUGCGUCGAGCUAUUCGGCCGCUCGGAGCCCGCCAUGAUCCUCUGCAUGACCGCCACGUGCGCGCUCAUAGCGUAUCCCGACAUCCACGUCAUACGCCGCAAGUUCGGCCUCGCUUACACGGGCAUCUGCUUCAUCGGCUUCUACGUAUACAAAGACAUCUCCAUAACCUUUCCCCUCCGUUUCGGGGCGACCGCGCUGCUCGGGACGCAGUGCGCGGUAGUCGCCAUGCUUCUGCCGGUGCCCCUGUGGGCGACGAAUCUGGUGAAGGACCGCGCGGAGCGCGCGGCCGCGGCCGCGGCCGCGCUUUUCGCUACGCAGCUCGGCGCGUUCUGCGGCGAGUCGGACGCGCGCGGCCGCGCGGAGGCGCGCACGCUCGCGGGGAUGCUGCGGCGCGCGGUCGCCGAAAACUUGGCGAGCAUGAAGGAAAGGGAAGAAGAGCUGUGGUGGGAGUUUGCGGGAGGCAAGCCGACCGCCAAGCUGAAGCGCCUGAUCAAGGUCUUCGACGCGCUGCUUAUGCACUCAGCGUCGCUCGACCUGGCACUGCAAACGGGCCACAUCGCCGAGUCCCCCCCCCUGCUUUUCCAGCUGUUGAGAGACCCCCUCGCCGAGAUGGCCAGCUGGACCGGGGCCGUGAUCCAGGCGGCGGUCAACGACCUCCGGGGCCGCAAAGGCAGCGUGGAAGAGACCGAGCGCCUGGCGGUCUACGGUACGGACCUCCUGAAGCGGUUCAACGCGGCUCUCCAAACCGCGCGCGAGCAGGCGUACUACGGGCUGACGGCGCUCGCGGACUUGGGCCAUGAAGAAACUAGAAAGGCAACGGAAGCGGAUGGGGGCGGUUCCGCAGGCGGAACGAGAGAGCGGAGGCGGAGCCGGGUGGAGACGCUGCUGCGGUGCUCUGUUGAGAGCCUGAUCGCCUCCCAGUUCUUCCUGUUCCACACGCGGCACAUCGCCCAGGAAGCCUUCUCUUUGCUGUCGGGGGAUCCCCCCGUGACUCGCCCCGGCCUGCCCUCCCGGCGCCGGUCCCUCCUCCAGUCCGUCAUGCCAAACCCGCCACCAAAACCCUGCCAAAACCCCGAGUGCGCGUCCGCGGCCGCGCGGCGCUCUCACUCUGAGAAUGACGCGGAUUCCGUUCCGUUAAGGGGCCGCAAGAGGCGAGUUACGGACAGCAGCGGAUCGCACGAAACUAGGGCGGCGGCAAAACCGGGGAAUGCGACGGAGAGGAUGGGGAGGUGGGCGGACGCGCUCGCGGCCGCGACGCGCGUGCGGCUAGACGGCAACAAAAGAAGCAUCCGCGUAGCGAUUGCAAUCAGCUGUACGGGCGUUAUCGGAAUCGCGACGGACCGUGUGUUCCCCUUUCUGGCGACGGCCACCGUGGGCGUCCUCUUCGGCGGCUACCAGGGCGCCACCUUCCGCACCGCGCUCAACCGCUUCCUGGUUAAAAGGGUUGACUAUGACGUCAGCAUCUUCCCUGGAAGUUCCGGAAGCAUCAGGGGAAAAGCUUUUUCGCUGACGUGUGUGCAGGGCACUGUGGCGGGGUCCAUGUACGGAUAUAUUUCGAUCCUCUUGGUGCACGAACGGCCGGUCGCGAUCGGCGCGCUGCUGGUUCUGUGGGUCGCCUUCGCCACUUUUGCGAGAUACAGCAAGACGUACGGUUACUGCAGCGUCGUGGCGGCUUUUACGGCGGCCAUCAUAAUGCUUGGCUACCGGGCGGCCCACGAGGGGAUCAAGGAAUACGCACUCGGGCGGAUCACACAGGGUCUUGUCUUUCAUCAGACGUGGAUUGGCAUCCUCGCGUACCUAGUUGUCGAGACCUGCCUGUGGCCCAGCCGCGCGGCCGCGUUGCUGCGCGGCGCGCUCGUCGCGUCGCUCCAGGACGCGCGCGCGUGUUUCGCGGCCGUGGUGCAGUCGUACAUGGAGGACGAGUGCGUGCAGUGUCGGCAGCGCGCGAUUGCCCGGGUGGCGUCUACCGAGCAGCGCUGCGGCGCGCUGAUCGCGAAACAGGGCCCGCUCAUCGACGAGGCCGCGGCGGAGCCCGACCUGUGGCGGGCGCCCUUUGUGGGUCAGGGGUACAUCCGACUGGUGGAACUGCAAAAGCGGGUUAUGUUGCUUCUGUACGCUAUGGACUGUUCGUUGCAAGCCACGACCAAGGACGCGUCGGGAGAGCACUAUGAGAAGCUGGCGCGGCCGCUCCAAGGUCCGCUGCGCACGCUCGAAGCGGAAGUCCUCCUGACUUUGGACGGGCUCAUCGUCGCCCUACAAAUACAUACCAACGAAAAGAAACCAGCGAAGAAGUCUUCACCUAGUCCGGAAGCAAAAAGUAUGGAGUUGGUUCCGGCGUCUAAGCAUGUAGGCGAAAUCUCAAGUGACCGGAAAGGAGCUGCGGACGCCCGGAGCAGAGUUGCGGAAGACCAGAACGGCGUCCGACAGAGUGCCGGACUUUGCAGCGGAAAUCUUGAGACGAGAGAAAAACAAGAGCAAAACAAGAACGCGCAGCAAGAUCCAAAAUGUUUACCCCCGGUUAAGCCGACCGGACAAAACAGUAGAGGUGCGUCCGCUUUGACAGAGCUCGCGGCCAGGAACUGGACAGAUCGAGGGACCGCUUCCGUUCCAACGGAUCUCCUUUCCGGUGCACCGGAGCACGGAACGGCGGAAAGCCAGUCGCCCAAAAGUGAGGGCCACCGGAAGCAUCACACUUCUGGCCGGCGGAACGGAACGAAGAAAGAAGAACCCGCGCCGUUGGAUGAGCAGAUCUUCCAGCAUUCCCUUCCAUCGAUGGGCGGUGACGUCAGCCCCCGGGGGAGCGGGAGCAUCCAAAAGGUGUUGAAGGAAUUCGAGCACCGGUACGAGGAUGUAAUCUCGGGCCUCAUUUCGGCGAAGCUCGCGCACCCCGACGUGGCAAUCGUGGACAACGGCGCGAUGCUGUCGUUCAAUGCGCUGGUUUUUGGCAUGCGCGCGCUCAUCGCGGAGGCGGCCGCUCUCGAAGACGCGGUCCGGGAGCUACUACAGGUGGAGAGUCCCAUCGACUUGGCGAGAUGCCUCCCGCCGCCCUGUCACCCUCUGCGCAUCAAUAGUCCCCCAAAGGCGUGA